GGAUUACGAAGGGACUCUUCAUCAGUUUCACGCCAAAAGCGGCUUACUGGUACGCUUCGGAGAGUAUGCGUCUGUCUAGAGCUCCUUAAAUACCUACCGUCUUUCUUUCUUCUCUCCUUCGUCUCUUUGCGAUCGGCGAGUGUGUGAACAAAUUUGCAUAGGGUUUUGUUUCCCGUUUAACUCUCUGAUCGUGCGCGGCUCACCGGAACGCGUAGCUUCUCAGUAGCUCUGCACCUAUGGAGUCAACUCUCGUGAUCAAGGUUCGAUAUGCUGACACAUUGAGGCGGUUCAAUGCUGUUAUUAAGGAGGAUGGACAGCUGGCCCUCAACUUGGAUGGUCUAAGGGCUAAGGUCAUUACUCUUUUUAGCUUCCCUCCUGAUGCAGUGAUUGGACUUACCUACGUUGAUGAAGACGGGGAUGUUGUGACCCUCGUUGAUGACUCUGAUCUGCAAGAUGUCACCAGGCAAAACCUCAAGUUCUUGAGGGUGGAUGUCAAUCUCAGGACUGAAAAAGGUGCUUCUUCUUAUGCUGCAUCUAGUGGAAGCUCUACACCCUCCAGAUCUCUUGAAACCCAGAAGCCAUCCCCAACUAACCUUGGCUCCAGUGUUGCUGAUGUGCUCAAGACUCUGCAACCUGCUCUGUCUGCUCUACCACCAUCGGUGGCUGAUGCUGUUUCAAAAAUUUCUUCUGAUUUAGCUUCAAAAGCUGCUUCUUCUGGUGCCCAGUUUAAAAUCGAUGUGAAGGAAGUGUCGAAAUCAGCCCAGCAACCUCUGUAUGAAGCACUCUCCAAGAUUUCUCUGGACCUGGCUUCUAGUGCCGGUUCUUCUGCUCCUGUGCUGACUGAUCUUGUUGACAACUUGUCAAAGAUUGGGCUCUCCUACAUUAGUACUCCGCAGGAGCCUCAGGCUGCAGUGGCUAAUGCGAUCCCUCAAACCAAGGAUGCAGGUACUCCAACUGUACAAUCUGCGAUUCCAUGUGCUUCUGGUGAUGGUAGCCUGCCAGAAGAUUUGGCUGGAUACAGUGCCGACACUCAUGGUGUGCCAAGGUCAUCAAAUCCUGUUUCUUCUGCUCAUGUUGAUUUGAAUCUGGACCCUCCUAGUGAUUCCUCUUCAUUAGUAGAGAAUUCUGCACAAAACAAGGCAGCUGAGAAGGAAAUGAAAGAACGGAGUGCUGGGGUUCAGGGUCCUACAGUGAAUCAUGGGGGCAGUUCCUGCCCAUUUAGUGGGGCGGAGCUGUUUGACAGCUCUUAUACACUGCCUCCUCCUUUGCCUACCCAUUUCAAGCCAUCUAAACCGUUUAAGAGGAGCCAUAGCCGCAAGGAUGGCAUGGUUGGGUUGUUCCACCGAGGUGUUCAAUGUGAUGGCUGUGGGAUACAUCCCAUUGCAGGACCCCGUUAUAAAUCAAUGGUAAAGGAAAAUUAUGACUUGUGCUACUUGUGCUUUGCUCAAAUGGGUAACGAAACUGACUAUGUCAAGAUGGAUAAGCCCGUGACUUAUCGACAUUCACGGUCUUUCAGAGGCUCGAAUUGUCCUGCUUCCUCUUGGAUGUUCCCUGUAUCCACAUUCAAGUCUAUACCGAAACAAGGUGUAUCUGUGCAGCCUAGGUUGGACAGUCGCUUUAUUUUAGAUGUGAAUGUUGUUGAUGGUACUGUACUCGCUCCAUCCACUCCAUUUAAAAAAAUCUGGCGACUGCGCAACAAUGGUAAUCUUGUGUGGCCCAUGGGUACUCGGCUUGUGUGGAUUGGAGGAGACAGAUUCAGUCAAACCGAUUCAUCUGUGCUAGAGAUUCCUACAAAUGGUCUUCCCGUUGAUGCAGAACUUGAUGUUGCUAUUGAUUUUACCUCUCCUGUAUUGCCUGGUCGAUACAUCUCAUACUGGAGAAUGGUUUCACCUGCUGGCACAAAAUUCGGUCAGCGCAUCUGGGUUCUUAUCAAUGUUGAUGCUUCCCUGAGUGUUGCUUCUGGCGCAAGUCUCCAGGGCUUGAACCUCAAUCUACCUCCUGUUUCUGUUGAUGCCUCUGAGUCCCCUGCAGCCACAGUAGAUGCGACAAGCAAGCCUUCUGGUUCAGCCUUACCUUCAGAGGUGCUGGUGACGGACAUGUUUGAUCAACAGGCUAAUUCAGAGCAGGAGAAGAAUUUCCCGGUUAAUGAUGCCUUGUUUGUUGGGAAUCGCCCCUCAGCCCCGCAGGUCAAUUCGACCAGCUCUUAUCUGCCCUAUCCUAUGAUAGACCUGUAUGAUUCAGCAGCCGGCCCUUCUUCUAGCAUCAACAACCCAAGUGCCCCUGCCGCAAUUGGAACGAACAAGCCAACUGCUGAACAAGAGGGCACGAAGGUGGAAGAUUAUGUUGAAGAGAGCCUUCUGAAGGAAUUGGAGGAAAUGGGGUUCAAACAGGUGGAUCUGAACAAGGAGAUCCUGCGGAUGAAUGAGUAUGACCUGGAUCGGUCGCUGGAUGAUCUCUGUGGUGUUGGCGAGUGGGACCCGAUCCUUGAGGAGCUGAAAGAGAUGGGUUUCUGCGACAAUGAAACGAACAAAAAGCUGUUGAAGAAGAACAAUGGGAGCAUCAAGCGUGUUGUGAUAGACCUCCUCACUGGUGAGAAGUCCUAGUCGGGUGGAGAAGAACUGUGUUUAGAAUAUUUUCUAUGAAAUAUAAGCAUAUAAAUAAGUGGGGGAUCUUUUGUUGUUUUGGAACAUGUUGGGUAGCUCUUCGGUUCUUGUUGCGGCUGGUCUUUGCUAGCUCUAGAACCUUUUCGGUACUAUAGUUGUGAGAACUUUCUUGUUAGGAAUAAAUGGCUCUGGAGUCUGGACUUCUGUUCCGUUGCUAAUUGCUAUGUUUACAGAUAUGUAUGAAUGGUGCUUUUUGGUCCAAUGCUUGUUGAAAUCGUAGCUGGCCUGGACGAACCUAUUGGCAGCUGGGAGUUCCAAUCCAGGCAUCAGGAACGGACGAUUGCUUCUCCUGGACGAACCAAAAGGAAAGCAUAAAUCUAAUGCAUGAUUACAUUUAUAAGAUGCAUUUCCAUGAUCUUUACCAAAGUAAAACAGAGUGGUGGAUGUGUAAGGCAAUGAAUGCCUUGUUUGAUCACCG